GGACUCUUCCGUCUUCCGGAAGCGGACGCUGGAGCGGCAACCGCUAGGAGUGUGGCUGAGGCGGUGGCCGGCACGGGUCGGAACGAGGUGGAGUAGAGUGGUUCGGGCCUGGCUCCCGCGCUGGGGUGGAGCACCAUGGACGAAGCGGGCAGCUGUGCGAGCGGCGGGGGCUUCCGCCCGGGCGUGGACAGCCUGGACGAGCCGCCCAACAGCCGCAUCUUCCUGGUGAUCAGCAAGUACACGCCGGAGUCUGUGCUGAGGGAGCGCUUCUCGCCCUUCGGGGAGAUCCAGGACAUCUGGGUGGUGCGGGACAAACACACCAAGGAGUCCAAGGGCAUCGCCUUCGUCAAGUUUGCCCGCAGCUCGCAGGCGUGCAGGGCCAUGGAGGAGAUGCACGGCCAGUGCCUCAGCCCCAACGACACCAAGCCCAUCAAGGUUUUCAUUGCUCAGUCCAGAUCAUCUGGAAGUCACCGAGAUGUUGAAGAUGAAGAACUUACAAGAAUAUUUGUUAUGAUACCAAAGUCCUACACAGAAGAAGAUCUACGGGAAAAAUUUAAGGUGUAUGGAGAUAUCGAGUACUGCAGCAUUAUUAAGAAUAAAGUAACUGGAGAAAGUAAAGGCUUGGGCUACGUUCGAUACUUAAAACCAUCACAAGCUGCCCAAGCAAUAGAAAACUGUGAUCGAAGUUUUAGGGCAAUCUUGGCUGAACCUAAAAAUAAAGUAUCUGAAUCCUCAGAACAAGAUUAUUAUAGUAAUAUGAGGCAGGAGACUGUGGGACAUGAACCUAGAAUAAAUAUGUUUUCAUUUGCUGGAGAACAACAAUCUGAAUUUUCAAGUUUUGACAAGAAUGACAACAGAGGCCAGGAAGCCAUCUCCAAACGCCUAUCAGUUGUAUCAAGAGUUCCUUUUACUGAAGAGCAGCUUUUCAGCAUUUUUGACAUAGUACCAGGAUUGGAAUACUGUGAAGUUCAACGAGAUCCUUACUCUAAUUAUGGUCAUGGAGUGGUUCAGUAUUUUAAUGUGGCAUCCGCUAUUUAUGCAAAAUACAAGUUACAUGGAUUUCAGUACCCUCCUGGGAAUAGGAUAGGUGUCUCCUUCAUUGAUGAUGGAAGUAAUGCAACAGAUCUCCUUAGAAAAAUGGCAACGCAGAUGGUAGCUGCACAGCUUGCAUCAAUGGUGUGGAAUAACCCAAGUCAGCAGCAACUUCUGCAAUUUGGAGGAAGUUCUGGAUCACAGCUGCCUCAAAUUCAGACAGAUAUUGUACUUCCAUCAUGCAAAAAAAAAGCCCCUCCUGAAACUCCUGUGAAAGAAAGGCUUUUUAUCGUGUUUAAUCCUCAUCCUUUACCUUUAGAUGUACUAGAGGAUAUAUUCUGACAGUCACUGUGCUAAGUGUCAGAGACAUCUUGCAAACAAAACAUGUAAACAAGACAUGGGAAUUCCCACUGUGGCACAGUGGGUUAAGAAUCCAACUGCAAAAGCUCGGGUUGGAUCCCUCGCCCAGCACAGUGGGUUCAAGGAUCCAGCCUUGGCACAGCUGCAUCUUGAAUUCAUUUCCUAGCCCAGGAACUUCUGUAUGCCAAGGGUGGGGCCACUUAAAGAAGAAGAAGGAAAGAAAAAAGACAUAAUGGAUCUUGUCCUCUUAGAAGAUAAACAAGUGAAUAGGAAAUUACAACUUAGUAGGUUGGUGUUGUGAAAAGGAAUAUUCAGGCAAUGAAAUACAUAGCAGAGACAUCCACUGUAGAGACUCAGAGAAGACUGCUUAAAAGAAGCAAGGUAUAGCGGAGACCUGGAGGAUAAAAAUAAUUGAGCCAGGGAAGAAAGCUCAACAUGGGGGAGGUUAUUCCUGCUGGAGAGAAUGUGAAAGGAUGUCAGUGUCAAUAGAAUAUGAUGUUUGAGAGACUGUGCGGGGAAGAUGAAGCUGGAGGGGACAGGGACCUAGUUAAGAUAGGCCCACAGGCUAUGUUAGGGAGUUUGUCCUUUCCCUGGAGGCAUGAAGAGCUGCUGAGGGACUUUUAGGGGAAGAAAUGAUCAGAUUUGUGUUUUAGAAAGAUCACUCGGAAGACAGGCUAGAGAAUGGAUUGGAGCGGGAUAAGCCCUACAGGGCAGAGAAACAAGUGAAGAAGGUAUUAGAGUAAUCCAAGAAAAAGAUAAUGAUGGUCCAAACAAGGAAAGAGACCUGAAUGAGAAUGAAGAGAAAUUGACUGAUAGAGGAAAUUUUUUAAGAAGGAACACUGACAUGAACUGGAGAUUGGAUGUAUGGAAAGGAGUGAAAAAGGAGUUCAGAAUGGACCCCAGCUUUUAGACCUGAGCAUCUGUACUUAGCAAUUUCAGUUGAUCUCUUUCUGCUUUGUUGCAGUCGUUUUGGUAACCUGAUUGAAGUUUACCUUGUGUCAGGAAAAAAUGUGGGCUAUGCCAAGUAUGCAGAUAGAAUAAGUGCUAAUGAUGCCAUUACUACUCUACAUGGAAAGAUCCUGAAUGGAGUCAGACUUAAAGUUAUGCUGGCAGAUUCCCCAAGAGAA